UUCUUUUUUCUCCCCUCACCUCAUCGUAAAAACAAAACAAAAUGGCCGAACUAAACUGAACGGCCGUUUCCAUCUUCUCCGCGCCCUCACCUAUUUCUCGCCUAACUUUUCUCACGUCUCUUCCCAGCGAAAGCUUCAUACAAUCGUUAAUCUGCCAAUUUCACCAAAUUUAGAAUUCUUCAGUACAAAGAUUAGCGCACACAGCUCUUCACAGAAUCUAGGAGACUCCAAACAAUAUCGUCACUAUAUAUACUGAUGAAGAUCAACAUUAGGGUUCAUACUCUCGCCGCACGAGUAGACGAGAUCAUCCACAUCAACCCAGGUUUGCGAACACCAAAACCUUCCGUGCCCGGCCAAGUAGCACAGAAUUCUUCAGUACAAAGAUUAGCGCACACAGCUCUUCACAGAAUCUAGGAGACUCCAAACAAUAUCGUCACUAUAUAUACUGAUGAAGAUCAACAUUAGGGUUCAUACUCUCGCCGCACGAGUAGACGAGAUCAUCCACAUCAACCCAGGUUUGCGAACACCAAAACCUUCCGUGCCCGGCCAAGUAGCACAGGUACCCUCUAUUUCUUCCCUUAUGCAUUUCUCGAUUCUCUGUGAAUGGUGCUUCAGUCCUGCAAAUGAAUCAUUGUAUUUUUUUGAUUUUGUUGUCACCCCUGCAUUUUUUAGACCUUCCCUGCCUCUAAAGAUUUUUUCCAAACCACAUGUUGCUACAGACUUUUUUUAUUGUGCUUUGUUUUUGUUCUGUAUUUUCUUUUGGUCUUUUUACAGGGGAUUCAAGAAAGUGGCCUAUGGUUACAGCUUUCCUAAAUACAUAAAAUUUAAAGAACUAAUUACUGGAAAUAUGAAAAGCAUGAAUAAUGUGGAAGCGAUAAAAGGAAACAAAUAUGAAAGCAUACCCAUACGUAGUUGGGUAUAAAAAACUCUUGCUUCCACAGGUUUUGGUCUUUUUUAUCUUUUUUUUUUUAAAUCUGUAUCUUUUUGUUAAUAGCAUUGAACAAAGUUUUGGCUUUUACUUUUCUGCAUAUAAGGUGUUCCAUGAAACGCUUAAGUGAGUUUUUACUUUUACACUCUCAAUUUUAGUAUUGUUAUUAUUAUUAGUUGUAACUUGUGAGAGUCUCAGUAUGAUAUGUAUCAAUUCAUGAUGUUCUUGACGUUCCUACCGCCCCUGAUAAUUCUGUUAUUAAUGUACAUGCUUCUGUAAGUGUUGCUAUUGAUGUUGAUUCCCAAAACAGUACUGAAAAUGUUGUUGAUGCCCCUUACUAUGCUGUAAUUGGACCCCAGAAUGCCUUUGCUAUAGUUGUAGCAAAGGCUUAGUGAUGUAAUUACAGUUGCUACCUCAGUUGCUAUCUCCCCUGUUUUGAUUUCUUAUUAUCUUUUUCUUUUAGUAUGUAUAAGAAAAACUGAUUAUAAGCUCAAAAGAGAUUGCAAAGGCAUCUUUUUUGUUCUGUUUUGUUCAACCUAUUUUUUUUUUGUUGCAUUUGAUGGUACCAUCACAUAAUCAUAGGGAGCAUUUGCUUAAGGAAGUGCCUACAUUUGCUGAACUAUAGGGAAUUGGGUGAUUGAAACAAAAAAAAAAGUAGUAUGAGUUAACCAAAUGAAAUGCAGGGAAUGAGUGAGAUUUGGCAUAGUCCCAAGGGAUAUUUCUGAACAAUUAAGUUAUAUAAACUAACUAAUAGCAUCAAACAUUUGUUUAAUCCAUGUCAUUUUUCCAUCCAUGUCGAUUUCUGUUUUGUUUUAUUCUGUUUUUCCCCUUUUGUUCUGUCAUUUUUCAUCCAUGUCAAUUUCUGUUUUGUUUAUUCUGUCUUUUUCUUUUUUUGUUCAUCCAUGACAAUAAGCCCAUGAAGCUAACAGAUGUUCAUGUGGAUGUAUGCAUAAGAAGAAUGAGAUUUUAAGCUCAAAAUGAACUGCAAUUUAAGAAGAUAAAGAAGAAGACUCCAUUAAGUAAAAGAGGAUUUAAAAGGUUAGUGUAGCAGGUAAGGUAUACAUAAAAAAUCCCACUAUAACUUUACUCUCAGGAUAUGAAAGUGAUGUUUUUUAGUGUUGAUAGUGCUCUUCCUAUAUGAAAAUAGGCUGCUGCAAAUUGGCUCACCUUUGGACAUGUUUUUUAUUUACUUGCACUUGAUAAGCACACUUGAUAAGCAAAUUGGCUGCUUAUAACACAUUAUAAGCCUAAAAGUGUUUCUCAGCUGGCCACUAUUCCAGAAAUAAAAGUUUAUUAUGAACAAAUAAUAAGCCAUCAAAAAGUUGUUUAUAAGCAGGCCUCUGUUCCAGAAAUGUAAAAGCACUUCAAAAUGCUUUUUGAAUUGUGUUUGAUUUAGCAUUCAAAUAUAGGCUUAUAUAAAUUGACAUUAGUUAAGCAUCUUAUUGAAUUGUGUUUGAUUUAGCAUUCUCAGUUUUUAUAUACAAAGUAUGGCUUUUUUAAUUAGUUCGUUCUUAUAGUCGUCCCCCAACUGACAUAAAAAGGUUUUGUCUUAUUCUCGGUUUUUAUUUACUUCUAAUAUAAAAAGGUUUUGUCUUCAUAUUUUUGAAUAUUUACGUACUUUCAGUUGAAUAAAAUUGACAUUAUAAGUAAUUUAUUGAUUUCAUAUUUUUCACCAACUACAUUGACAUUAUUAGUAUUUAGUUCAAUUCUCACUGAAUCUCUCACAUUACCAUAUUUUUCUCACUAUCAUUAUUAACUAAUUUAUUUGUUACGUUUGUUACUCAGAUAAUUUACUCAUUUUUAAAUUUUUGAAAAUUAAUAAGACAAAUGACACAAAAAAUCUGCUUUUCUAACCAAUGAGAAAAGAGAGGUUUGUUUCCAGAUCAGACCUCGCUCCAUAGUCCAUACAUGAUGGAGAACUUUAGUGUACUGUGAAGUGAAGGACAAUUAUAAGACAUGCGACUAUCCAAGCUCCGGUCAAUUCACAAGUGGUGCAACACUUAUUGACGAUAUUUCACACAUUGCUAUGACUUUAAAAAGCUGUGAUAUAUCAAGUGGCAAUCUUUGUACUCAUGUAGUGAGUAAGUUUGCAUCGUCACACUUCUUAUUCAUUUACAUGACUAUGAGUCUGACAUUUUCAAUGAUCAUUAUGCAACAAUUUAAAU